ACGCAAGCGACUGUUCUCCGGCUUCGGAGAAGACUUCAGCGCGUGCCCCUUCGGCUUGCCGCGCCUGCGUGCUCCUCCCCGUCGCUCCCCUUCCCCUCCACACAUGCGCUUAGGGUUCUCUCUGCCUUGGUUCCGGUCUGGCUCCUGCCUUGGGCGCCAUCUUGGAUUUGGGGACAACUGGAGUGAGUGAGAGGGAGGGAGAAGGCGGAGGAGCUCGAGGAGGCGAGAGCGGGGAGGGGGGGCCGCAUAGAGCCAGGCCCCCCACCCCCACAGAACCCUGCAUUACCCUUCCGCUAGAGAGAGGCUCCCUCCCUUUUCCCGUCCCACCCCUAGUAGGGCUCCCUGGACCCGAGAGCAUUUCUUGGGCUUCUUUAGGACCCCCGCCCACCCCCACCCAGUCCUGUCUCCCUUACGGAACGCUGUGCAUUCUGUAUUAUAGGUGCUUCCUAAAACCUCUCAUUCUCUCCAUUACCUAUGGGACCAUUUUCGCAUUCCCUCUUUAAAAUUAUAUUCAUAAAUAUCUGUCGGGAGCCCCUGACAUCCGUAAGGGACUGCAGCAUACCAUUUAGUUCUCAUCUUAUUUCCUUCAUAGCUUGUCUGUUGGCCUCAUACAGACUCAUCAGCAGGGCCUCCUGUCUCAUAGAUUCACCCCACCCCUAAUUUAGAUUCUGUUCUCUCCCCCGCCCAAGAGCCGCUAUAGAGCUGGAUCUGCGAGAGACUCCUCUUCCGUUCUUUGCCAGGGAUGCCACCAUCCCUUUUCCUUUAGUAGAGCCCCCUGCCCGCCUUGCCUCCUGUAGAUCCUUUCUUUCCUAGCUAGGCAAGGGUGGGGGGAGGCUCUACAUGCCCUGUGCCUCCUACCCAGAGGCCUUCCUCAUCCAGGGGAGCCAGUGACAGUUCCCUCUAAACCCUCUUCCUUGAUUGGAGGAGUUGGGGAAGAGGAGGAGGUCGGGGGUGUACUUCCCACCCCCAGUAUCCUGGAGCUGGAGCCACAAGGGGGACAGUAUCUAGGCAGCUGCCGAGACUUACAGUCAUAGACUUCCCAAGCGGCGGAGGAGCUGUAAAGAAGUGCAUGGCUCUCGGGAAUCUCAAGACAGUCCUAUCAGCUCUCUUAUGAGUCUUCACUAUAGGUCAGCAAAUGCCACCCAGCCCUCCUGCCUGCCAGAAAUCAGAUCCGCUAGCCAGUCUGCCUUGGGAGCAGGGCAAAGGUGAGGCCUGGCCCCCUCCACGGCCGCCAUGCCGUCUAAUGCCCGGGCUGGCAGCUUGAAGGAUCCUGAGGUGGCUGAAUUGUUCUUCAAGGAUGACCCUGAGAAGCUCUUCGUUGACCUGCGGGAGAUUGGCCAUGGCAGCUUUGGAGCAGUCUACUUUGCCCGAGACAUUCGCAACAAUGAAGUGGUGGCCAUCAAGAAGAUGUCCUAUAGUGGGAAGCAGUCUAACGAGAAAUGGCAAGAUAUUAUCAAGGAAGUGAAGUUUCUGCAAAAGCUGCGGCACCCAAACACAAUUGAAUACAAGGGCUGUUAUCUGCGGGAACAUACAGCAUGGCUGGUGAUGGAAUACUGCCUUGGCUCAGCCUCAGAUUUGCUGGAAGUGCACAAGAAACCACUGCAAGAAGUAGAGAUUGCAGCUAUAACGCACGGAGCCCUUCAGGGGCUUGCAUACCUGCAUUCGCACAAUAUGAUCCACAGAGAUGUAAAAGCUGGGAAUAUCCUGCUGACUGAACCAGGACAAGUGAAACUGGGGGACUUUGGCUCAGCCUCCAUCAUUGCUCCUGCUAACUCUUUUGUUGGCACCCCAUAUUGGAUGGCUCCUGAAGUGAUCUUGGCCAUGGAUGAAGGGCAAUAUGAUGGCAAGGUGGACGUCUGGUCACUUGGCAUCACUUGCAUCGAACUUGCGGAGCGCAAACCACCCCUCUUUAACAUGAAUGCUAUGAGUGCCUUAUACCACAUCGCCCAGAAUGAUUCUCCACUGCUCCAGUCCAGCCACUGGUCUGAGUAUUUCCGGAACUUUGUGGAUUCGUGCCUGCAGAAGAUCCCCCAGGACCGCCCAACCUCUGACGUGCUGCUCAAGCAUCGCUUCCUCCUGAGGGAGCGACCCCAAACGGUUAUCAUGGACCUGAUCCAGCGAACCAAGGAUGCUGUGAGGGAGCUCGACAACCUGCAGUACCGCAAGAUGAAGAAAAUCCUCUUCCAGGAGGCACAGAAUGGCCCAAAUGCAGAGGCACCAGAAGAGGAGGAGGAGGUAGAGCAGUUUCUGCACCGGACAGGCACUAUCAACAGCAUGGAGAGCAGCCAUUCGGUGCCUAGCAUGUCCAUCAGCGCCAGCAGCCAGAGCAGCAGCGUGAACAGCCUGGCUGAUGCCUCCGAUGAUGACGAUGGAGCCGAGAUCGCCAUGAUGCAGGAAGGCGAACACACAGUCACCUCCAACAGCUCUGUCAUCCACCGUCUUCCGGGCCAUGACAACCUGUACGAUGAUCCAUACCAGCCAGAGAUGGAGCCCCAGAGCUCAUCAUCUGCUGCCCGGCGCCGUGCCUACUGCCGCAACAGAGAUCACUUUGCCACCAUUCGUACGGCUUCCCUGGUGACUCGCCAGAUCCAGGAGCAUGAACAAGACUCAGCACUGCGGGAUCAGAUGAGUGGCUACAAGCGGAUGCGGCGCCAGCAUCAGAAGCAGCUGCUGGCUCUGGAGAACAAGCUCCGGGCAGAGCUGGACGAGCACCAGCUGCGGCUGGACAAGGAGCUUGAGGCCCACCGCAACAACUUCUCUGCUGAGGCUGAGAAACUUGCCAAGAAGCACCAGGCCAUUUUUGAGAAGGAGGCAAAGGCAGCUCUGGCUGAAGAGAAGAAAUUCCAGCAACAUAUCUUGGGCCAGCAGAAGAAGGAGUUAGGCAACUUGCUGGAAUCUCAGAAGCGCCAGUAUAAGUUACGGAAGGAGCAGCUUAAAGAGGAGCUUCAGGAAAACCAGAGCACACCCAAGCGAGAGAAGCAGGAGUGGCUGCUGAGGCAGAAAGAGAACAUGCAGCAUUACCAGGCUGAAGAAGAGGCCAACCUUCUGCGUCGCCAGAGACAGUACUUUGAGCUGCAGUGCCGCCAGUACAAGCGCAAGAUGCUGCUGGCCCGCCACAACCUAGACCAGGACUUACUGCGGGAGGAACUUAACAAAAAGCAGACACAGAAGGACCUGGAAUGCGCCAUGCUGCUCCGCCAGCACGAGUCCACUCAGGAGCUGGAAUUCCGGCACCUGCACACGGUUCAACGCACCCGCACAGAACUCACCCGUCUGCAGCAUCAGACAGAGCUUUCGAACCAGCUGGAAUACAACAAGCGUCGCGAGCAAGAGCUGCGCCAGAAACAUGCUAUGGAGGUCCGGCAGCAGCCUAAAAGCCUCAAAGUAGGUGCUACCUACACCUCGCCUUGCCGCCAGUUGUGCCCAGAAGGGCAGGAUGCGGGGAUUCUGAAGCCAGGGCAGGGGCAUCUGGGGGUUGUGGAAAUGGACAGCUUGGAGGCUGGAAGUCUAGUGUCCAGACAGGACCAUUUGGGUGAGCCAGGGCCCUGUGACUGCCUGGCCGGGGUUCAGGAACCCCUGGUGGAUGCAGAACCAACAUGUGUGCACACUGGGCAUGUAGAAUCUGCUGUUCUGGAGACAGGCACUCCUUGCCGUGGUGAUCUAGAGCAUAGCAAACCUACUGGACAGGUUCUGGAGAUCACUCAGGGUGAUGUUGCUAUUGUAGACUCAGGAAUAAAAUGUCCAGACCUUUUAGGGAAGUGUACCCAUGAAGGUGGGAUUCUGGAGCCUGAGCUAGAUGGUUGUGGACAUGCAGUUCUAGACUUUGAGCCGGAGGAGGAGGAUCUAGAUUUGCAAGCAGUAUAUGUCGGGGCCCUUGUACCAGACUGGUCCCAAAAAGGUGAGCAAGGGUUGGAAGCUCUGAUGUCUGAAUCAAGGGGUUGGGGAGACUUGCAGCCAGGCUGGCAAACUCUGGCAGGUGAAAUUCCAGAUGGGGAGGAUGCUGCCACUCUAGAGCAGAGACAGGGAUGCCCUGGGCUCGAGGGAAAGGACAGCAAAGGCUUUUGUCCAGAUAGCAAAGAAGGGCAUGUUCUGGACUUCAGCAGAGCAAGCCUGAAACAACAAGAGCUCUGUGGAGAGGGACCUGCCGCUCUAGAACUAGAUCAGACGUUCCUUGGAGGACUGGAUCACUAUGGAGGGGGGUCUGGAGUUCUUUUACCAACUUGUGGGCGUCCAGGCAUCCCAGAGCCUGAUGGGCAAGAGGCUGAUAAGCCAGAGCCAUUCGGAGGUGAGGAGGAUUUGUACCCUCACUCCUUACCUGCUUUCCUAGAAAAGGGGGCCCAGCGAGGCCUGGGGGAUGGUUGCCCAGCCCCCGACGACCCCUACAGCCAGCAGGGCAGCACCAGAAGCCACCCGCUCCCAGCGCCAGUGGCAGCCAUUCUGCCCCAUUUGCUCUGUGUGACCUUGGCGUUGUUGGUUGCUGCCUGUCCUUGUGCCCCAACCCUCCUGCUGCUCCUUGCCGCCCUGUGGGCCCAGGGAGGAGGCCUUCAGGAUGUCCUCCUAGCCCUUGAAGGGGUGCUUGUGGGCCUGGGGGUAACAUACACCUUGUUGCAUUCCAUCUUCCUCCUCUCCGGAGCAUCUUUUCUACUUCUGGCCAAGAUGGCAGGAGCCGUGGGUGUGGUGGGGCUGAGUGCCAGUCGGGGGCGCCUCUACGUGCCAGUCAUCCUCCUGGCCUCCUACCUGCUCUCUUCCCCCUGGCUUUUCCUGCCCCUUUAUCUCCUGGGGGCGAUGGCAAGGCACAGCCUGAGCGGUCUUCCCCGUCGAGCCCGUCGCUUUUGGCUUCUGGCCCUGCUGCGUCUCCCCCGCCCUGCUUUCCGCACCCUGCAGCGCCUGGGGCUGGUUAGCGAGCGGGGCCUCUUCCGGCUGUUCCCCAAAACCAACAAGGGCGGCUUCCGCAGCCGUAUCCCAGUGCUGUCGCGCCAGCGCCAGCCACCGCUCCCCUGGCACCGCAAGGCUGCAGCCCUGCUCUCCAAGCCCAUUUGUCGUCUCAACAAGCUCCUCACUGAGGUGAUCUGCGCCCAGCUGCCCCCUUCAGCCCUGCGCUGCCUCAAGGGGCUGCACGUCCUGCGGGAGGAAAGGCCCAGUCGCAUUCCCCGCCUGGCGGGACAAGCAGCGAAGCCAAGAGGCCGUUCAGUGGGGUCAGUGAGGCGGUCUGUUAGAAGAAGUCGUGGGCAGGUAGGCCAGCCUGUCAAGAAACCCUGGAGAUAAUUGGCUCUGGGUGUUUUUGCAGGAGGUGACCCCUAUCUGGGUGUUUCCAGUCUGCUCUAGCGUUGCGAAAUAAGGGGGAUUCCAGGGGGCCACUUGGCAUCCUCAUCCUGUUUCACCCACAGAAUUCUGGGAGGUUGGCCUCUUUUUUGCAUUCUCCAAGAUCAGACAGAGACAGUUGCAGUAUUUUUUGAAGGCAACGUAUCUCCAUCCGAUGUGUGAUGAUUCGUGUAGAGGGAUCGGAAGCAUGGGGGAUGAUUAGAUGCCUUAAUGCCAGUCAGCCCUGCACCUCCACCUGGGACAGGGCCUGCUUGAUGCAAGGGGCCUCGAGGUCCGGGGGCAGGGAUCCAGAUGUUUGUGCCAGCUCCCCAUCGCUUUACUUACUGGGGGCGUUGUUGUGUGUUCAUUAUCCUGACGAGGAAAGAAUCACCUGACGCCCUUUUGAGCUGGCUGUUCGGGUGGGAUAAAUCUUCAGCCAUUCAUGCAGGCUGGGGGAGGAGAAGGCCGGGAGGUGUUGGGAAGCAGGGGAAACCAAAAGGAUCCAGGCCCCUCAAACUGGAAGUGUGAGGCACUCGUGUGCUACCAGGUUUGUACACUGGAGGUUGGCAGGCCUUGUACGGGUGGCCCAGCAAGGAGUGUUCAGAACACUCUGCUCCUACAAACACUAAACACUCCACCUCUGAAACUCGAGGCCAAACUGCUCUUUCCACCCUAAACAUACUUUGCACCACAAGGAGUGGUAUGUGAGACUCAGUUUUCUGCCAGCAUAGCAAACCUCAAACAAGGUACAGACAGUGUUGGAGCGUGAUACGUUAAUGAAAUGUGGGCCCAGCCAUUAUUGUCUCAGGACACAAAUCCCUCGGAAAUACAACCACUUUCCACACACAAAACACUGAACUUCUUUUCAUUUGACAUAAAGUCUUAUUGAAAUGAAAGGGGCAGGGAUACAUGUUUCAAGAAAGCACACUCUUCCCAGCUCCUGAGGGUUUACUAAUUUUGGGUGAUUCUUUCGCCGUUCAUAUAUAUAUUUUCCCACCGUUUUAUAAAUAUAUAUAUUUAUCAUUUUCUUCCUUAUUUGUAACAUCCCCUUCAUUUCAUUUUUUUUGUUUUUGUUUUGACUUGAAUGUAUAUAUUUGUGUAUGUUUGUGGGGCCUUUUUGGUAAGCUUUAUAUAAUACCAUUUUUGUGGGGAAGGAGAAGGGGAAACUACUGUGAGAUUCUUUUUAAUAUGUUUUUGACAGAAAAUGGGAGAAUCCACCAAAAAAAUAUAACUUUUUGCUGCAGUAUUUUCAUUUGAAAGCGUGAUGGGCCAAGUAGUGGAGGUUUUUUCCUGUUUAAAAUGCAACUGAAAAUGAGAGACCACACGUUAGGCUUUUAAUCAUUUGGCUUUAGUGGAGGCAGCUGCCUGUUGGCAAAAGAGAGCAAAUGCUGCAAAGUAUGAAGGAGACCUACCUGGAAGAAAACUUACGCAAGUGUUGACAAAUGCAAGCUUUUAAAGUUACAGAUAGAAAUGAAGUUGGUUUGCCAUUUAUUCAUCUCCCCUGCUGUUGGGAAGGUUGGGCAUUUUGCAGAUGGUGGACCAGCCUUCUUGUUCUAGUCAAAAUAGAAAUUUAGGUCACCUCAAUUUGUGCAACUUGAUGAAGUAUGAGAACACCUCUAGGAACUCUGUUGCACAAGGACUUAAGUUCUUCCUUUUCCCAGGGACUCAGCUUGGGCCAGCUUUCCUACUCCAUAAGCUGCUUACUACAUGCAAGUGGGGGCCCCAUUUGUACUUCCUGUAUUCCUCAUCCUUUCCCUCCUACCCCCAUUUACAGAUCAGCCGUAGUGCCAGGUCUGUGAACCAUUUUGUUGGACUUUUCUGGGGAAAGGGGCUCACCCAUAGUUAUCUGGCUCCCCUUGAACUGAAACGGAAGCCUCCCCCUGCAACGUGCUGCUUGAUGGCCAGGCAUUCCUGGGUGAGGCCGCUGCAUGUGUAGCACGAGCCGCAGCCACGUUGGUGAGUUCUGGGUAGUGCCAGCUUUUAUUCCUCGGCCAACACUGGUCAUAGCGCAGCAGUAAAAUUGAGUACCUUGAUACUUUAACUCUUAACCAGGUAAGCACCGGAACAGCAUAGCAGCCUCCCCCAGCCUAGUGCCCCUUGUUUGUCUUGGACUACAGCUCUCAUAAUCCCCAGCCAGGAUUGGGAUAAAUGGGAGUUGUACGCCAAUGCAUCUCAUUGGGGAAGGCUGCACCACAGACUCACAUAGAGUUCAUAUGCACAGCUUUGAUGCUAACAUCUUAAAAUACAUAGAAGAACAAAAACGGAUCUAUUUUACUUGUGCUAAAAACACAAAUUGUCCUUCCCUUAAAACAAAACAAACAAAAAAACAGUGUUAGAUGAUUGAGCUUGAAAAACAGCGUAUUUCAUUUUCUGUACUACACAAGCAGUGAUUCUGAGCGCACCUAUGUGGAGAGUAAAUCCCAUUUAUUUCCAUGGUGCUUGCUUAGCUUCACAGGCAUAGCUAGGAUUUUUAACAUUCCGUUUUACUAAUUCUGUAUCAUGUGAAGAAAGACUGUGUUUUAUACAGUUAAAUCAGGCUGGAACUAAUAGCCUAUGCUUUAUUUUUAAAUCAUUUCCUCUGUACAUUUCUUUUUAUUAUUCCCAGUUAUUAGUAAUCUGUUCAAUUUUAACCAAUUUGAAAUUAUCCCUUGUUUUUAAUUCCACAUUCAUCCAUCCUGGUUUUUAAUCCCAUUUGUGCAUUAAACACUUGCUUCUAUUUCCCUUUUUUGAUUCACCUGUGGUCUUUUAUUCCAGUUUUUCUUUAUCCAUAGAUUUAUUUGUUUUUAGCAUUCCUCUACCUUUUUUGGCCAAACUUACAUUAAUUCAAGUUCUGUUUUGUCCAUUUUAAUAGUGUAUUUGAAUUUCUUCCCAUUUUUGUGUGUGAGUGUUUGAGUUGUGAUUUUUCCCUAUGCUCUUGAUUUUUUUAAAUUUCUUUGUUAAGUAUUUUUAAUUUAUUUCUCCCAUUUUGUGUGUGGGGGAGGUGCUGAUUUGUGGUUAUUUAUUUCUCCCUUCCCCAUUGUGGAUGCAUGUGAAAUUUUGAAGGAAAUUAAUAAAAAAAAAAUUCUGCACCACAAUUCACAAUUCAAUUGAGUUUGAUUUAAUUCUUUUCUGAUAUUUUUAAUAAAAUGGGGCACUUUAAACUUA